AUGAAAGGAUUUAAUAUAAGUUCAAAAAAGAAGUGGAGUAGUUUUAGCCAUAAGGAAAAUAAUAAUAAUAAUAAUAAUUUCCAUAGAUAUUAUAAUAAAAAUAAUAAUAAAUCAUUUGGUUGGAAAAAUACAAAAAAACGUGGAAGUAAGUUUGAUGGAACCUAUCGAAAUGAUGAUGAAAAUGAUGUAGAAAGAAGUUAUGAAGAUAUUUAUGAUUACAUUAUUAAUAUUUCUUAUAUAUUAAACGAAAAAUAUGAAAAAUACUUAAUAUAUGAAAUGAGAGAUGAAAAUAUAAAUAAAGGGAAUAAAGCAUUUCAUCAUAUUAAUUUGGAUAAUACGUGUUAUUAUAUAGAAGAUGAUAUAUGUAUAUUAUUAAAAGUUAUUGAAGAAAUAAAAAAUAAUGAAAUAAAAAUAUUUGAUCAUAGGAAAGGUUCUAAAAUUAUGGAGAAAUUAAUAUAUUAUUGUUUUUUUUUAUUAAAAUAUAAUGAGAAGAAUGUAAAAAAUGAAAAGAUAAGCAUGCAAUGUAUAGAAGCAUAUAAUAAUUUAUUAAGAGUGGUUAGUCGAUAUUUUAUGAAAUUAACUUUAUCUAAUUAUGGAUCACACGUUAUACAAAGCUUAUUAUGUUUAUUUCCUUAUUUUAAUAAAUAUGAAUAUAUAUAUAUAGACAAAUUAAUUAUACAGAAUGUGGAAUACAACAAAAUGUAUGAUUACUUCAAAAAUAUAAGUGACCUUGUGUGUGAUCAUUUAUUUGAGAUUAUUUUUGAUAGAUGUGGUACACAUGUAUUAAGAUCUUUUUUAUAUUCAUUAGGAGGAUACCUAUAUAUUAACAUAAGUAAUAUAACAUUUAGAAAAUCGAAGAUAAAUAAAAAUAGAAUAAAAAAUAAACUUCAUAAUAAUACAAAUAGUGAAUUGAAAUAUGUUGAUAAAAAUUUCCAAUCCAAUAAUUUUUACGAAUAUAUACAUAAAAUUGUGGAAAGGAUAUCGAAUGAAAUUGAAAAACCUAAUAUAUCUUUAAAGUAUAAAAAUUUGUUAUAUCAAUAUGUAUAUUAUGAUAAAAACAACAAAAACGAAAACGAAAAGGAAAACAAUAAUAAUAAUAUUAAUAAUAAUAAUAAUUGUAGUAAUAAUUGUAGUAAUAAUAUUAUGGAGCAAAAUAAUACAAAAAAUGUUAUACCCAAUAUCGAUAAGACUCAUAAUAAUAUGAACAAUUCAGAUAAUUUAAAAUAUAUUGCCGAAAGUAAUAGCCAACAUUUUAUAUGCCCAUUAUUAUACAAUACUUAUUCUGUGCCAGCUCUUGUUAUAUUAUUUGAAUUGUUAAAUGAUAAAAAUAUUGAAUGUUCCUCUUUGAUUAGUCAGAUAUUUUUAAUAAAUAAAACGAAAUUAUAUUAUAUAGAGAAAACAAAAGAAAAAGAUGACGUUGAUAAUAAUAUAGUAUCGGUACAUGUCGAAAGUCCUUUAAAGCAAUUAUUAGAUAUAUUAAUUGUACUAGAUAAUUCAAGCAUCAUGAUAGAGAAAUUAUUAAAAAUAAAAAAUGAAGAAACAUUUUAUAUAUUCAAUAUGUAUAUCUUAAAAAAUGUUAAUAAAUUGAUAUGUGAAAAUAUAUAUUCUAAUAUGGUUUUGUGUAAUUAUUUUACAAAUGAAUAUAUUUCUGAAGAAAUGUUCGAUUUAUUAAUUAAGAAUAUACAUAUUGAACAAUUAAUUAAAUAUAAAACUUUUAAUAUUUUAAAAUGUCUUUUCUUUUUGGCACAAUGGUAUAAAAGGAAUUGUAGAUAUUUAUUUAAUGAAUUAAUAAAAAAUUUUCAUUUGAAUGAUGAACAUAAAAAGGGAAACAGUCGAAAGUUUAUGUGGAUAUGUAUUUUAUGUAUGUGUAAUUAUGAUGAUUUACCAUCUUUGGUUAGGGAUAUCUAUAUAAAUAAAGGAGAUGAUAAUUGUACAGACAUAAAUUCAAAGGAACAAAAGGACAUAUUAUAUAAUAAAAAUAAUUUAGGUAAAAAUAUAAAUAAUUAUAAUUUCUAUAAUUAUUUAAAAAUCGAUAUAAAUGGUUAUUAUAUUUUAUCUUAUUUAUUAUCUUUCCCAAAAGAAUCCAUAACCAACUUAACAAAUUCGUUUAAAUAUUUUUGUAAUUUUAUUAAGACGGUUAAUAUAAAUGAGCCCAGUUCCAUAGAUGUAGAAAAUUAUCAAAGCUUUAUGGAAAAUUUCUCAAGAAAAACAGAAGAAGUUAUUCCUGUGGAUUGUUUUACAAAACAUGAAGAGGGUAUGCAUGUGGAUAAGAAUGUUCUACAUAAUAAUGAUAAUAUAAAAACAAAAAUGAAUAAUAGCAAACCGUUUUAUCGAAAAAAUAUUCAAUUAAGAGGUAAUAUACUCUUGUAUUUUUCAUGUGAUAAAAAUCUUUCUAUCCUUUGUGAAAAGAUAGUACAUACAUUCAAUUUAGUAAAUGAAAAAUAUUUGAGAAGAUUCAUUACUUUAUUCCAAAACCAAUAUAACAAUAUUGCAAAACAUUAUAUUGGAGCUCAUACCAUUGUAACUUUUUUUAAAUUAGGUGAUGAUAAUAUAAAAAAAAAUAUACUAGAUAGUCUGAUACAAAAUGAUAUUAAUGUGUAUAAUAAUUAUAUUAAAAAUUUUAUGAAGCUUAAAGAAUAUCAAAAAACUAAAACGCUUAGUACGAAUAAUAAAAAAUAUCUAAAGGCAAAGAAAUUGUUUGAAGAUAUAUUAAUGUCGAAGGAAAACGGGCAAAAUCAAAAUGAUAUUAAUCAUAAAAAGGAACACGAUAAAACUUUUAUAGAAUUCGAAAGAAUCCAUAAAAUAUCCAAACAUCUUGAUAGUGACCUUAAUAGUAAUGAUAAGGACACUACUAUUCCAAUAUAUGAUGAACAAAGUAAUGAUGAUCAUGAUAAUAAUAAUAAUAAUAAUAAUAUAUUAAAAGAAGAAACCAACGAUGAUGAAGCAAAUAAGGAAAAUGAUCAAACGUAUGAUAACGUUACAAAGUCUUAUAAAUCCUCGUCAAAUGAAAAGGAAGAUAUUGUAGACAACGACAAUGGUUUUAUGAACAUCAUCACUGAUUAUAUUAAAAAUACUAAAACAAAAUCUCGAAAAAGGAAAAAAGAAAAGGACCAAAUAGAUAAUGUAUUAAAAAGGAAAUGA